AAUGUGAUGUAACAAUUGAUGGAUUUUAUUUUCUGCCUCAGUAUCUCUGCAUCACAGAGGAGGAUUGGAACGCUGUCAGAUUGCACCUCAUUGGUUCUUCCAACAACCCCCUCCUCACUCAGUGUUCACCCCAGAACUUCCCCAGAGCUGUUGGAGCCAUCGCGAGCGGCAGCACAGCGACACGUUGGACAGGUUCCAGGUUCCUCCACCAAUCACAGCAGCUGCCUAGCAUGCAUGCUGUCUACACCAGAUCCAUCACUGCAGGCUGCAGCGCUUCUCUUCCACCAGAGGCCGUCCAUUUUCCACUCAGUCUCCUCAGCCGGUGACGUUUCCCUGCUACUGAACCAUGACCUCCUUUUUUCCACACAGCAGCAAGUUCUGGUCAUUUCAUCGGAGUUGCAACCAUUUCCUCUCCUUUCCUUUUUCCUGACAGGUCUUCAGACGCUGCCUUGUGUCAGAAUGUUGCAGUCACAUCAGUACCGGCCUCAGAUCAGAGCAGAGCGCUCCCACAUGGGCCUCCAGCUCCGUUCCGGUGGACGUUUCCAUCCUCAUUUUCAGUGUGACACUCGCUUUCUGAGGAGGAGAUGGAGAGGAAUGGUGAGCAGGAGUCACCCCUACCCCCGUCAUCCUCUGCGGGUGACAUCUAGACAUGCUUCUUAUGGAUGGUGAACUCCAGAAACAGGAACCCAUUACUGCAAGGACACAGAUACUCUUGGAGCAACUUUUUCCUGUCUGUUGGACAGACUUGAUACAGAUGUUUAGAUCAUUAUUUGGCUUGAAAAGUAGGUUUUAAAAUAGAAAUAAAGUAAUUUUUAUUAUUAUUUGUAGACUGCUUAUUAUGCCAUUAGUUUUGAUCAGACGCUCAGUUUUAGGUCCAGUCAGGAUUUUUUCUCAAAGGUUCCCUCUAAUUUUUCCUAGCUGCCGUCAUUUUUCCUUUUCAUAUCAUGACGUUCUAACACACAUAACACAGAAAUGUUAUCUGUGUUCUAAUAAAACUGUUGUAGGUUUUCUAUCUAUGGUCCUCAUGUGUAUAGGAUAAAUAUACAUUUCUUGUGUGAACCCCCAAAUUCUAUCAUCUCCAUCGACAAAUGGUGAUUCACAGCUCAGCUUUUAGCUCUGUUCAUCCUGAAACAGCCAGUAGUUAUUUCUUUGGGAACAAUUAAAAUAUGUUUGUAUUCAGUUACUGUUUCAUAAUUUCUUGUGUGAAUAAACAAUAUAAUGUGC